AGUGGGAUGUGUUCACGGACUAUAAUUAUCGACAGCCUUGCUUGUCGCCUAACAUAAACAGGGCUGCCCACUAUACUCCAGUAUCAGUCUUGUAGUGCCAGACUUGCAGCGAGGAUCCAACAUGGCCGUCGAGAAUGUAUCAGAACCGAAACGCAAGCUGUACGUACCAGCCCGGUACGUUUUCCUCGCGAUACGCGUGGUGGACAUGUUUUUGUCUUCCUUCACGGACGGCGUCAUGCCACUGGCGAUCACCAGCAUGGUCAGGCCUACCACCACGACGACAUCCGACACCACCACUGCAGCCAACGUGUCUUUGACGUCGUCGGACGUUUGCCCUGGAUCAUCCGGGAUCACCAGUAAUAGUUCUUCGAGCGACAGCAAGGGGGGUGACUUCGACUGGAACGAGCUGACGCAGAGCUACGUCACCAAUGGCGUCACGUACGGCUCCCUGCUCUCCUUGAUGCUGGCGGCCCGCCUCGUCCAGAUAUGGAGCCCCAAGCUGAUGGUCACUGCUGCAGGAAUCCUGACGGUCGCACUCACUGCUCUCACGCCAGUGAUCGCUCACUGGAACGUGUAUGCUCUCGUCACAGCCAGGGUGUUGUUGGGGCUUCCCCAGGGAAUCAACAUACCUGCCAUGUUCUCGCUUGAUUCAACUUGGUUUCCUCCAGAUGAGCGCCAGCAACUCUGUAGCAUUAUCUUCGGAUCCAAUAAUGUUGCCAGCAUUGUUUCGUCCAGCUUGACGGGGUAUUUAAUCGACAACUGUGGCUGGGAAGCGGUGUUCUACAUCUUCGCCGGGAUGAAGUGCUUGAGCCUGUGCUUGUGGUUUCUCCUCAUCCACGAUACCCCUCAGCAACACCCCCGGAUAUCCGAAGAGGAGAAAAAUUACAUUGUCUCCACUGUUAAAAAAGAAACAGAAGUGAAGCUGCCAGUUCCAUGGCUCCAAAUCUUUCUAUCCGCUCCUGUUUGGGCAUACAUGUCCAUUUCAAUCUCAAAUACAUGGAUGACAUUCUUCCUGAAUGUCGAACUACCAACAUAUCUGACGAAGAUCCUUCACUACAGUACAACUGACGCUGGCUACCUUGUAUCUGCUUGUAACGCCAUGGCAUUCAUCAUCCAGAUUUUCAGUGGCUUCCUCUCCCAGUGGCUCAGAAGAAAGGAAUACAUCAGCCAUCUGACAUCAUAUAGGAUAUUUAAUGCUGUUGUGACGCUGGGUUCAGCUGCCGCCAUCAUCGGGAUCACGCUGUCAGGCUGCGACACCACGGCGAUUGUGGUGCUCCUGCUGUUCAUCAAAGGCUUCCAGUCGGUCAUCAUAGCCGGCAGCUUCCUCAACCACAUGGACCUGGCCAUCAACUUUGUGCCGACCCUGUCCGGGAUCAACGGCACUGUCAAUAGCAUUGUCGGCAUCAUCUCGCCCACCAUCGCCGCAGCCAUUAUCAACAACAAUCAAACAUUGACAGCUUGGAGAGAUGUAUUUUAUAUAUCUGCAGCAGUAGCUGCUGUUCCUUACAUCAUUUUCUUCAUUUUUGGGUCUGUUGAUGAACAGCCAUGGAACAGAGUUGAAAAUAAAGAAGCCACCAAAGAUCCAGAAGAUCUACAAGCUACCAACAAAUGAAACCUUUCUGUUUGAGACGUCAACAGAAAAUAAUCUCAUUGUCCUAUGUACUUCCCUGGUGGGCUAUACAUAACUUCGCCAAAUGUCUUAACGAGAUGGACUACUACUUCUCAUUCCCUAAAAGAGCCGGAUGUUCGGAAAACAAAGUAAUAUGAUCUGUGCGUGCUUGCAGUCACGUAACGUUAAUGUAUGUGAGUUAUGGAUUUAAACAAAAACAAGAUCUUUUGUACUAAAUAAAAUGUUCUAAAUACAA